AUGGAUACAUCCAAAAGAAUUAAGUUAUUCAUAUGGAAAUGUCUUCAAGAUGCUUUGCCUACAAGACUGAAGUUGGGUAUUAAAGAAAAUUGUGUUUUCUGCCAACAGAAGGAAGAAUCAACUUUUCAUCUUUUCUUUGACUGUGAUUAUGCAAAAGCUAUAUGGAACCUACAACUAGUUCCAUUGCAGGGAGUUUUUUCUGACCAAAAUUCUAAUAACAUCUCCUUCUUAGAUAUCUAUAAUGUUUGGCUGACAGGUGAAGUAAAUUCAAUCUCAAUGGCCCUAGCAGCAACCAAGUGCUGGUUUAUCUGGAAAGAAAGGUGCCUUAGGGUGUUUGAAAAUAAAAAAAGAACACCUGAUCAGUCAGCUUUAGUAAUAUCAAAACACUAUGAAUACUGGCAUCCAGUGACACAAAACAUAACAAGUACUCAUGACAAGACAACAACCGAUACUAAAGAUAUUUGGAAAUUCCCAAUUACUAGAUCUUUGAAAAUUAAUUGUGAUGCUUCCUGGUUAUCUUCUAAAACUGAUGCAGGUACUGGAUUUAUCUUACGCAAUUGGACAGGUACAUUCAAAGGAGCAGGAAUGGCAAAGUGCAGAACUUCAUCAGCUGAAGAAGCAGAAGCUCUAGCUUUACUGCACAAAACAGAAUGGGCCAUUACAGAAGAAUUUCAAAAUCUGGUCAUUGAGGGAGAUAACAAAGCAACAAUUAACUAUCUAUUAGGACAAGACACAACAAUCAGUUGGCAAAGUAAAGUUAUCUUAGAAGAAGUUAAAAAGAAAGCAACUCAAUUGGUUUCCUUUGGAAGUUUUCAGCUGGUUAACAAAAAAGGAAACAAGGCAGAAGAUAUUUUGGCUAAGAAAGGAAGAAAAGAAGCUAUUACUACUUUAAGUUUUUAUGAAGCACCGCUGUUUUUAAUUCCAACAACAUCUUAUGACACUGUCAAAGCUUUAGAACUCUGUAAUAUCAGUUUAACUCCUGUAUCUUUUUCAGUGGAUGCAUAUCAUACAGAUUCACCCAUCGGAAGAACUACUCUCAAUGAGUCUGUUCCAAAUGAGACUGAAUCUGCAGAUUAG